CACACACACGCACACACACACCACAUCCAUCCUUCCCCUCCGUCCCCCUUCCCCUCCUCUCCCCUCACUGUCCGCUUCCUGCGAGUGGCGCCCCUGGCUUCGAUCUCUACCUCCUACUCUUGAUCGCCCGAGGCACAUAAAACGCACAUCAUCCCAACCGCUCCUCGGCCGGUCCUGCAUUCGGCAACUACUUGCAGCUCGAAAUGGAGACAACAAUCCCCACCACCGGAUCUCUGCGUGCGAAGAUCAAAAGCUUGCUCGCUACAACUGCCGAGCUGAGAAAAGAGCUUUCGAGCAACAACAACAAUGGCAAUACAGCGUCAGCGUCGGCGUCAACGUCGGCGUCAGCGUUGGGCGUACGUCUCGAUUCUGCCCUGAGAUUGGCUGAACGUUGUGCUACAGCCCGUCAGUCGCUGCCCUCGUUGAGAGAGGGCUUCGAUGACCUGGAUGUUGUUGGGACCGACUUGUGGAAUCUUGCCGCAAACCUGGCACGAGAUAGGGACGUACAGCACCUCCUCCCCCACAGCGGUCCGGACGGCGUUUCCAACAGGACAAGGAAUCUCCACGUCCGGUUGCUGGCUUUCUACAUGAUAGAGUGUUCGCAACAGGUUGCGACAGCGAACUAUCGCAACAUAGCACGGUUAUUAAAAGUGGCACUGAAGGCAGCUCGUCAGUGCGUGGACGAAGGAGAACUGCACUGGGCCAACAGCGUGCUUGAGCGGGCCGCUUCGCAUCGAGAACGCUUCAAAAAAAUCGCAAAGGACAACGGGCCAGAUGCGGAAGCGCAGCUGGCGAGUCAGAGCUGCGGGUUCUACACCAUCAAGAUGCUGCUACACUGGAAACAGGGGAACCACCCUCUGGCGAAUAAUACGUUUGCGAGAGUCACGGAGGAUGGCAUGGCCGAAGCGCUUUCGCAGCCCCAUGUCGCCGAGUACAUGGCUAAGGCGCUGUUUGAGAUUGGAAACGAGCUGUUCAAACAGAAGUCGUAUCCGCUAGCAAUUCAAUGGCUGCAAAGAGCUUUCAAUGUUCUGGAUAAGGUGGAGAUCUUGUACCUGUCGGAACACGGGUCUGAAUUGCGGUUGAGCGCAACCCAUAAUCUCGCGAGAGCGUGCAUCAAAUCGGGCAUCCAAGAGAACUUCAAGAAAGCAAAGAACAUAGUCGACAUCAUUUCUAACGAAUGGCCUCACCGCUUAACGACUCUCCUGCUCAGAUUGGAUUUGGCCCAAGCAGAAGCGCCCGAGGACGUGGAAGCGUAUUGUCAAAUCGUUCGACAGAUGAUAGAUGUGGCACAACUGACGGAGCAGACAUUCAAGGCAAUAAUGGGCCGAAUACACGUGCUUGUCUCCAAGAAGGCAGUGCGGCUCGCAUGCGGUUGUAUGGAUACUCUGAUCAAUAAAAGGCUGGUGCUCCUUGAAAACGAUGAGUGGUUGGCUCAAGCAUUUAUCACUCGUUUGUGGGCAACCGUUCAAGAUAAAACGAGUCGCGAAGGAGAUUCGGUCGAAGAUUUGAAAUCGCUGUUGGACAAGUUGACGAAGCAGCUGUCAAAACCACUUGGCCAGACGGCCACCCAUGCCGCUCGAAUUUUGCUCUGGAAGGUGUCGGAAACGUUCUAUCUGCAAGAGAAGUACGAUCUGUCAAGCAUCUGGUGCCGCGUAGCUCUACACAAAGUCUUCGACCGGUCUGGAGAACUGAAUCUUGCAAAGAUUGCCCGACGAGUCAUCAUGUGCGCUAUCCAGAUGAAGGAGUAUGGAAUCGCUGGCGAGAUAUUCAAUGACAUGUCCGAAGCCGCCAAGAAUGCUCCGCUCACCCGCCUUCUGAUGUUUAAGGUCGCGCUACGAACAUCGGAUGAGGAUCUUGCUAUAAAUUGCCUCGAGAUCAUAGCACAGCACCCAGACAGCGAUCAUAGGCUACUAUACACAUGUGCUUUGGAUGCCCAAGAGAUUGGUAAUCGCAGGAUUGCCUUGAGGUCCUUACAGUACAUACUAGGUCUAGCGGAGAACUCCUCGGAGGUGGCUGCAAAAGUGCCGGUCAUACUGCGGUCGACGAUCAGAUUGACGAUGACGGAGAUUGAGAACACACGGGACGCAAGGUCUCAUGUCGAAAAUCUUUGUAGCUUAUAUGAAAGAGCGCUGAAAUACGCAAAGAAGUCACGGAAAAGACCACACGCCGCAGGUGGAACACGGAUCUUUGAUACCACGGAGUUGGAGUGGUUCUCGAUCAACGGAUAUAACCUCGGACUUAGAGGCGUUGUGGAAUGGACUCCGGCUAUAACCUUGAGAAUAUUCACUGCCUGCCUCGGAUUUACUGAACUUUUUCCCAGUGACAUCGGGGCAGCAAAGUAUGCUGAGAUCACCCAUCGAAAGCUUUGUCUCCACUACCUCUGCGCAAACAUGUGCAUCAACAUCGCCCGCCUGGAUGAAACGAUCGAAGGACAGCUACAGCAUUACGUUUUUACCAGGGGCCAUGUGGAAGGAUUUCGAAAGGUGUACACCGAUUGGGAGGGCAGAUCGGAAGAGGAAUCGAAGGACAUGCGAGGGAAAUUUGACAAAUUGCUCCCUUUCGACUUUGAAGGGGCCACGAAACUAAAGUUGUGGGAUGAGCUUGACCAGUUGGUUGACGAAGCCAUCUUACUGGACGCUCAGAACAGCUUUGCGCUUGAAUACAUCGCGGAUAUCGUUAUGUGUGCUACGACACCCCAGACGACGGCGUUGAACGUUUUGCACCGGAUCGUGGAGCAUAAGAUAACCGUGCAGUACAAUGACAUGCAGAAGCUGGCCACAUGGAUCAGGUGGUUGAUACAGUUCUCCUUGUCGAGAGAUGCAAGCAUCGUCGAGACUCUGUUGACACAAGCUAUCGAGCUGGCAAAAUGUGCCGAUCCUGACAAUCGGUACUCCGAAGCGGAGCUGGAGUGGCUCAUAGCGACUACAUGGAACAAGUCUAUUGAUUUUUCUUGCGUAUCCGACACUGUUGGAGCGAAGCGGUUCGUAGAGCUUGCGUUGUCGCUAGCCGCAUUGUUGAAAAGCGAUGUGAAGUUGAAAGAAUUACAGGGGAAACUUUUGGACGCUCCGUCAUGAGGGAAUAACUGUGUUUUCUUUCUUUUCUUUCUUUCUUUCUGAUGAUAUUUGAACAUCGAUGCAACAUGUUUUGCUUCUUGUAUGUAGAGUAGAGUAACGGCCGACGGGAUGAGGUUGAGAUAUCCAAUAGGAGAUGC